GUCUCUUUAUAUAAAUUAGGUCAAAACCCAGAAUCUGGGAGUGAAAGUCAAAGUCAAAUGUUUCACUCGCAGAGCCUCGUGUCGAGGAAAGGACCUCUAGGAGCGAUUUGGGUGGCUGCGUAUUUCGUGAAGAAGCUAAAGAAAGCACAAGUCAAAGACACUCAUAUUCCUUCCUCCGUUGACCAGAUCUUGCAAAAAGAGUUGGACGUUUUGACAUACAGAGUUUUAGCCUACCUUCUACUUGGUGUGGUUAGAAUAUAUUCCAAGAAGGUCGACUUUUUGUUCCAUGAUUGCAACAGAGCCUUGACCGGUGUAAAGGAGUUUGUGGCUAAGGAGAAGAACAGAGAACACACAAAUGUGCCUUUACCUGUUGCAUCUACUGGUUUUUUGUCAAUUGCUUUGCCUGAGAGUUUCGAACUAGAUGCUUUUGAUCUUGGGGUUUUGGAAGAUUUUCACGGGGGUAAUGUUAAGCCUCAGGAAGAUAUUACACUUAAAGAAGAUGGAGGUGCUGGUCGGGAUACAGAGAGCAUGGACCGGUACUACAUGGAAAGGUUCGACAUGGAGGAGGACCUCCUGUCUACGUUUCAUGAAACUUUUGUUACCGAUCAUACUGAUACUAGACAUGAGAGCUCCGCCCAUGAUAUGGACAUAGAUGCAGAAAAUGACAGAUAUGCUAGUGGAGAAACAUCAGUCAGAGUUGUUGAAGCAGAACCACUGAACUCUAACAAAUCAUCCCAAACUGCAUCUAGGCAUGGGGAGGAUCCAGAAUCAGAUGACAUGCUUGUGGAACCGCAAGUAUCUGAAGAUAUCAUAAGAGCACAAGAGGAUGCAACAGCUAGAGAAACCAUAUGUACAAAAGUGCAGAGAGUAGAGGAUCCACAAUCAGAUGACAUGCUUGGGGAAGUGCAAGCAUCUGAAGAUAUCAGAACAGCUCAAGAGGAAGAAACAGUUCGAGAAGAUCCUCACGAAUCCCCAGGAGAUAAUCUACAUAGAGACGGGCACAGGGGGAGUUCAGAAUCAGGGAAAACAUCGGUGGAAACAAGUUGGGAAAAGACGCCUCAUGACGGGUGCCUACCAUCUGAAUGCAAAAGUCCUGAAGAGAUUCAUGGGAGUGAGGAUCAACCUUCUGGCGCCUCAAGAACUGAUGUGGAGAAAGAGAUCCCGGAGACGAGUACUCGAGAAGAACGAGAACCAUCUGUCAGUGAAAAUAGAGACUUUCCUGAAGGCAUAGAGAAACGUCGAGGACAUAAUGAUGAGGAAAUGACAGACACUGAUAUGUUUCAUGGGUCUCGUAAAGAGCCAUUUGAGACUCCUUCAGUGAACCAAGUUGGACACAGUGUUACCGAGAAAGGUUUUCUCUCAGACGUUACCUUUCCAGAGGAGUGGAGUAAAGUAUCUAAUGCUAAAGAUACGCCAGUUGCUGCUACUCCCAAACCAGCCUCUUGGCUGAACAUCUCUGAAGGGGAAACAAGCCAUCAGUUUUCGAUCAUUCCAACGCCGGUUGGAAAGGAGUCUUCUCGGGUUUCAAGGAAGAGAAAAUGUCUAAUAGAUGAUGAAGUGAUGAUUCCGAACAAAGUCAUGAAGAAGAUGAUCGAAGACUCAAGUGCAUUGGUUGCAAAGCGGAGAAGAGUUCCUUAUACUGACUAUCCUGAGAAAAGAAUCAAACGUUUUACCGAUCCCUCAAGAUGUUCCUGGGACCCUUUGAUUCCAUAUGGUUCUGUGGACCUCCACUUACUCUUUUGUCAACCCAUCAAGCUUAAAGAACAGAACACCACAGAAACUCCUAAAGCUGCUAAAACUGCUGGGCGAAUAACAAGGUCUUCACGUAGAACAGUAGGAGAUGUUUCUUCUUCAGAGCAGAUUGAGAAUGGUCGGGAAAUUAUGGGGACUCCUCAGGCUGCUGCUCUUCCUGAGCUGAAAAUUACUGUUCCAGAGACUGUAGAAAAUAAUAAUACAGAGGUUUCAGCUGAGACGGAAGCUAGUUUCGUAGCUGCUGGAAGUUCUCAUCCAACGAAUGUUCCUCCAGAGACUCCAGCGAAGCCUGCGGAGCCAGCACAUCUUGCUCCAGAGACCCCAGCAAGGACAUCAGAGCUAACAGAGAUUGCUCCAGAGACACCAGUAGUCUCUGAGCGAGUAGAGAUUGCUCCUGAUACUCCGGUGAGGGAAUCUAUGUCGGAAAGAUAUUUCAAAGACCAUGAGACCUGUGAACAAGAAACAAGACCUGAAAACUCCUUCACCUCCUCAAACGAGCGCCUGUCAGAAUCUUGUGAGGUUAGAAGGGACCUUGAUGCAAUUUUGAUGAACGAGGAGCAGGUGAAUGCACAUGGGACAGAGGACCUGCAACAAGAGACAUGGUCAGCAAGAACAAGGAGUGUUGCAAAAUUCCUGGAGAAGACGUUUCUGGAGCAGAGGGAGAAAGGAGAAGAAGAAAAGGCAAGUUUAUUACACCUGUGCAGGGGUAGAACUCAGAAGGAAAGCGCAAGACUCUUCUACGAGACUUUGGUGUUGAAGACGAAAGGUUACUUAGAAGUGAAGCAAGAUCAUCCAUAUAGUGAUAUUCUUCUCUCUCGCUUCACCAGACAACAAGAAGCUUGUUGAAAAGCGCUUAGUUAGAUUUCUUCCCUCCAGUGUAGGUUUUUCUAAGAAGCAUAUGUGAAUCAAAGUUGUUAGGUUUUUGGACUUUUAGCGUUUUGUCGUUAAAAUCUGUAGACUUGUGGAGUGUUCAGUGACAUGAAUCGACCUAGCUGCUGAUCUAAUCAAAGUUUUUGGAGACAGUUUAAUAGUGCAGCUUAUAAAGUAUUUUUAAAGACUUAGGUUUUGGGACAACAGCCAGAAGAUGACAUGCAAAAAUUCUAGGUCACGUUAAUAAACACAUCUUUCUCACGGAAAGUGUUCAAGAGAUCCAAUCAAACUAAAUAUUUAACAGCAUCUCCAAAU